AAACUAACAUGGCCGCUUGUGCGCUCCACAACGGGGAAAUGAGUCCCCACUCGCCAGAGUUGAACGAACUCCUACGUAAACUCGAGCUUGGAGUUGUUAUGACCAAAUUUUUCCCAAAGAAACGGCCCGAAAAAAGGACUUUUCAAGUGAAACUAGAAACGAGGCAGAUUAUUUGGAGCCGAGUGCUAGGAAGGGCAGAAGGGGCGGCUGACAUCAGAGAAAUUAAAGAAAUACGACCCGGGAAGAACUCUCGUGAUUUUGAAAGGUGGCCGGAUGACGCACGUAAAAUAGAUUCUGCUAUGUGUUUUGUAAUAAUGUAUGGGAAUGAAUUCAGAUUAAAAAUUCUAUCAUGUGCAGCGAUAACUCCCGAUGCUUGUGAUAUGUGGAUGAAAGGUCUCGCUUGGCUUGUGAAAGAUACUCUCAAUUCGUGUCAUCUUCUCAUGGUAGAAAGGUGGUUAUGGAAAGAGUUUUAUUCAAUGGACAGAAAUAAAUCCAACUCAGUAACUGUCAAAGAUCUUAAAUCAUUUCUGCCACGAGCAAACUGUAAAAUUAGUACUACUAAGUUGAGGGAAUUAUUUAAGGACGUUGAUACAAGAAAGAGAGGAGAGAUUGGUUUUGAGUCAUUUGCAGCAUUCUACCAUGAACUUGUACAUCAACCUGAGAUUGCUGAUAGAUUCGUGGAUUUUUUUUCAGAUGGGGAUAAAAUUGUUUCUUUGUCAGAUUUUCUUAACUUUCUUCGAACCGAGCAAAAGGAUCCACUAGCCAAUAAUGUUGAUGCUGUUAAACAGUUUUUACAUGAUUUUGUAGAAGACCCCACAAGACAGGUGCAAGAACCAUAUUUGACAGUCAAGGAAUUUGUAGACUACAUUUACUCCAAACAAAAUACAAUCUGGGAUUCAUCGCAGGAUGUGGUCUGCCAUGAUAUGGACCAACCUAUGUCUCACUAUUGGAUUGCUUGCUCUCAUAACACAUAUUUAACAGGUGACCAAUAUUUAAGCGAGUCUUCCUGUGAAGCGUACGUGCGAUGUCUCAGAAUGGGAUGUAGAUGUGUUGAAUUGGAUUGCUGGGAUGGUCCAGAGGGUUAUCCGGUUAUAUUUCACGGGCACACACUUACUUCCAAAAUUAAAUUCAUUGACGUCAUCAAGACAAUCAAAGAACAUGCAUUUGCAACUUCUGAAUAUCCAGUCAUUCUUUCCAUAGAAAAUCAUUGUAGUUUACCUCAACAAAGAAAAAUGGCCUCUGCAUUCCAAGAAGUAUUUGGCGAUAUGCUACUAUCCCAACCCAUUGACAGAGAUGCUACUAUGCUUCCAUCGCCUAAUCAGCUGAAACGUAAAGUGAUUCUUAAGCACAAGAAACUACCAGAAGGAGCAAGCGAUACCUUCUCAGUGUCAGCAAGUUACGACACUACUGUUGAUGACCUGAGUAACUCAAUCAAGAAUGGACUUUUAUAUUUAGAGGACCCAAUGGAUGCUGAGUGGGCACCACAUUUCUUUGUCUUAACUUCAAAUAAAAUAUAUUACUCAGAAGAAACAGAGACACAAAACAAUCAAGAUGAUGAUGAUGAAUCCACAAACGGCCAAUCAGAGGGAUUAUCAAGUGAUGAACUACAUUUUAGUGAAAAGUGGUUCCACGGUAAAUUGAAACAACCCAGAGACACAGCUGAGCAAUUGAUAGUGGAAUACCACGAAGGGGACGGUACAUUCCUCGUCAGGGAGAGUGACACUUUUAAGGGUGACUUCAUACUGUCUUUUUGGGCUAAAGAUAAAGUCAACCACUGCCGGAUCAAGUCAAAACAAGAGAGAGGUCUUACCAAAUAUUACUUGUUAGAUAACCUACUAUUUGAUAGUCUGUAUAGUCUGAUAACACAUUAUAGAACAUAUCCAUUGAAAAGCAAAGAUAUGGAAAUUGUCCUUACUCACUCUGUACCGCAACCACAAAGCCACGAGAAUAAAGACUGGUAUCACAACAGACUUACACGAAAAGACUCAGAAAACAUGAUGAAAAGAGUUCACAGGGAUGGUGCAUUCUUGGUUCGCAGAAGUGAAAGGAUAGACUACUAUGCUAUUUCAUUCAGAGCGGAGGGAAAGAUUAAACACUGUAGAAUAAAGGAGGAAGGCAGGUUGUUUACUAUUGGUACAGCACAGUUUGAAAGUUUGGUUGAACUGGUACAUUAUUAUGAGAAACAUCCAUUGUAUAGAAAAAUGAAAUUAAAGUAUCCAGUGAACCAGGCAAUUGUUGAUAGAAUUGGAAUGGAGCCUGAGGAAGGAGCUGUAUACGGUGUUGCCGGAGUUUACAUGGAUCCAAAUACAUUUGUUGCAAAAGUUACAGUGAAAGCACUGUAUGAUUACCGUGCACAGCGAGAUGAUGAAUUGACUUUCUGCAAACAUGCGAUUAUCACAAAUGUUGAUAAACAAGAUGGCGGAUGGUGGAAAGGAGAUUAUGGAGGUAAAAAACAAAUGUGGUUUCCAUCAAAUUAUGUGGAGGAGUUAGAACCUUUGAAUUCGUCUAUGGAUUCCAGUACAGAUUCUACACCACUGGGGAAUUUACAGAAAGGUGUCAUUGAUAUUCAGGGAUGUUGCAUUGAUAUCAUCCCUGGGGGUAAAGGUGAACGUCGUUAUGUAUUCCGCAUAAUGAGUCCAAGUCAGCCAAUUCCACUAGAAGUAGCGGCCGAUUCCGAAGAGGAGGCACUAUCCUGGCAAAAUAGUAUUCGUACGGCUGUGGAGUGGGCGGAGAAAAGGGAUGUAGAUGUUCGUCAACACGAACGUAAUUUACGAAUAGCCAAAGAAUUUUCGGAUUUGAUAGUUUAUUGCAGAUCUGUGCCAUUCAAAGAAGAUUGUAUUCCUGGAAACUAUUAUGAGAUGUCAUCCUUCCCAGAAACCAAAGUGGAAAAGUAUGUUGCUAAGGGUAAAGCAGCUUUAUUUACAAGAUAUAACAAGUUUCAGUUUAGUCGAGUUUAUCCCAAAGGACAGCGAGUGGAUUCUUCAAACUAUGAUCCAAUGCCAUGUUGGAUGUGCGGCUCACAGAUGGUUGCACUUAAUUACCAAACACCAGAUCGUCCUAUCCAAAUAAAUGCCGGCCGCUUUUUGGCAAACGGUAAAUGCGGUAUGGUGUUGCUUCCUGACUGUAUGCGAAAUAUUGAAGGCUAUGAUCCCACUGACAAAAAUAUUCUGAAUGGUGUUGUGGAACCAAUUACCAUAACGAUAACAAUUAUGGGAGCUCGCCAUCUCAUUAAGACUGGUCGUGGUAUUGCUAGUCCCUUUGUAGAAGUUGAAAUUAUUGGUACUGACUAUGAUAAUCACAAUAAGUACAAGACAAAAACAAAAGUGGACAAUGGGUUGAAUCCAGUCUGGAUGGAAGUCUGUGAGUUUGACAUCAUCAAUCCCCCAGUUGCUAUGAUACGCUUUUCUGUACAGGACGAAGACAUGUUUGGUGAUCCAAACUUUCUCGGUCAAGCCACAUAUCCAAUAUCUUGCAUCAGAAAUGGUUAUCGCUCAGUUCCAUUGUGUAAUGGGUAUUCAGAGGAGUUGGAGUUAGGGGCGCUGUUGGUUCACAUUGAAAUCAGAAAUGCAAAGGAGGGUGAAGAUGGUAACAUUUAUGCAUCUAUCCAAGAAUUGAGAUCUCGUACUCAGGAACUUUCUAGUAGAGUUGUUGCGUAUGAAUCAGGAGAACCGACAGCUAAUGAGACAGCCCAGUACAAUGCGAUGAGUGAAGAGUUGAGGGCAGCACAAGAUCGUUUAUUCAUGUUGACAGAACAAAGAAAAAACAGACACACAAUUCGUAAUUGUCCUUCUAGACUAAGAGGAUAUGCAGAUGCCAAGUUCAACUAACAAGUAUAUACAAGUCAAGCCAUCCCGUUCUAUCUUUCCAUGAAUGGAGUGUCACAUAACCCACUCAUCACAGGAUUAAAUAUGGUUCCAGUUACAAUUUUUUUUGUUUUGUUUUUUCAGACUUUGAGAAUUGUAUAUAAUUUUUAGAG